AUGGCUAUACGCACGAAGCGCGGAGGAGCCGACAUCACUGACCUCUACAGAGUAUUCAAGAAAGGUUUCCCGAACACAAAGAAGGAGGAGGAACAGGGUUCUCGGCUCGUGCUGUCUCAGGAGAGCACCACCGUGGAGGAGGAGAGACCGGUGCCGCACCCCGCACACUGGCUGUCGUACAUACAACCGGGCGUGUUCAUCCCGUAUUGUUCCAGUGUGAACCAAAUGCAAACGACCAACGUGCUGUAUAUACUGCUCAGACUACUGGACAGUCAGCCUCAACCCAACUGGUCUCUUCUGUUACAGCUGCUGCUCUUUAAAGACUUCACUCUGCCUAUCAUGCUGUUGACGCUCCCCGCCGAUCGCCUGGUCGCCGUGGAAACCAAGCCCGCAUCCUGCGGAGGCGCCCUCUGCUGUGGAGAGGAGUGUCAGUCGUGCAGCGGGCAGUGCGCGAAUCUAUUCACGCCGAUUCUGCACGUACUCAGCCUCUGCUAUCACCUACCCGAAGCGCUGGCCAAGGUGUUAGAACCAGUGAUUGACAGAGCCAACCUGUGGUACCUGUGUGAUGCGAAUGUCAAGCCCGUGGAAUUACCAGAACUGCCGCCGGCCCUGCAGGCCCUCUACACGCUCAUGGAGCCAUUCUUCAACAGGGUGUUGGAGCCAGGACUGCGGGCUGUGCUGUGCAGGUCAGCUAUCGCUGACUCUGACGCUCCCAACUUCUGGACACCGUUCUCCGACCUGCCGUGUGGAUGCGUCAACAAACAACUCUUCCAUCACGAAGAUUCUAAGAAGGAUGUGUUGCACGUGGCGAUCGAAGCAAUGCUGGACGCGAUGGUGGCAGCACUGAGCACCGUUCCCGUGUCCGUGUGCAUGUUCUUCGCUCGCAUGCAGGACCUGCUACGCGCGCACAUACAGCAGCCUGCUCACGACAGCGUGGGUCUACAGAUGCUGGCAGCGGGGCUUCACUACCAUCUGCACAUAGGAAGCCACCUGGAGAAGAUUCUGGGCGCUCGCAUCAACCCAGCAAUGCAGGAGAAACUGAACACCCUCGGCGAAUGUCUCUACCAGCUCAUCAUUGCUAACCCCUCCAGCAUCAGACCACGGCGACCAAGUGAGGAACUGGCCCAAGGCUUUAUUCUCACUAGGAAAGAUUUUCUGCAGUCGAACAUUGAUAGCAUAAAGCAGUUCUUUGGCACAUUUUCCCUGCCGAAGGAGAAUUUCUAUCAUGAUGCUCCACAAGAGUUUGCCGAUGAGCUGCUAGCAAAUAUGGCUGGAGAGAUAUUAGAGGCACCUGGUGGCAACCAAAGCAUGCAUUGGGUCUACUACCUGUUGAAAAACAACAUGACAUGGCUGACAUCGCAGCUUGACAUACCCUCGCUCUAUCCGCACGCCGAUACCACCGGCAUCGUCGCCAGCUUCAAUAAUAGUGCCCUGCCCCCCGACGUUAGCACCGAAUUUAACCCACUCAAGGAGAUCAACAUGAUUGGUACCGGAGUCUUUGAUCAGGACGCGAUCGCCAGCAUGCCGUACGACUGGCAGCAGCUGCUGCAGUCCGACCUCGGACUGAGCGAGGUCGCCUUCCGUCAGCUGCUCUUCAACAGACAUGACAUGCAGGAAGCUGCCUACCUGGAGGAGCAGGAGAAGAAGCCUGUGAAGGUGCUGCGCUCACUCUACGAGAAGGACGCGCUCGAGCUGGCUUAGUGCGUGCGCGGGCACGCUAGCUGCUGGCUUAGGGGACGCACAGCGUAGGGAGAGGCAGCAGGCAUGAUAGAGAGCGUAUAGAUGGAAGCUGGCUCACUUAGAGAAGGGGUGUACUAGGCAAGUCGUGAAUAAGUAAAGGCAGCCGGUUGGCGUAGUGGAUGCGGAGUGGGGUUAGCUUUUGUGCAUAAGUGCUGUGGAGAGAUGCGGAGAGCGGCUAGCUUUGUGUAUACGUGGUGUUGGCGAGAAGCUGGCUGGGUAAGGCGCAUACAGGGGGAGGCUGAGGGGGGGUACGAGUUGUAGGGUGUGAUGGCUUCGUGAAGGGUAAUGAAGAUACAUAAAUUGAUACAGGAUGACCAUUGACGGAAUUGAGUCAAUGCGGGAAUCCAAGCAUGUGAUUUAUGCAGAAUUCGUUAUUACUUUAAGGACGCGGGCAGCAUUCGAGAAAAGAGUUAAUUUAACCAAUUUUCUCGAGGAGAAAAAGUCGAAAGGAAAUCAAAAGGAGAUGUUUCCAUUUAAAACCUGCCUAAUAGAAUCAAUUCAUUGUGUAAUUUAUGUAAACCACUGUACAGUAUUAAAGAUUUAGAUUCUAUCGUUGCUUUAUUUUGCGUAUAGAAAUCGCUAUUCUAGUCAGCACCCGAGCAUGCAAAUCAAUUCACACAAUUGUCUUGUCUCAUGCACGCGUAGAGCGUAACUUGAGAUGUGUAUUGAAACACACGUCUACUAUUAUACCGAGAUUAUUAACUGCUACCGAGCCGCCCCAUGUCAAAGCUGUUAGUGUGAUCGAAAUAAAUAGUUAAAAAAAUGAUCGUGAGUGCGCGUUAGUGUUUUAGAAUCCCGAGCGAUUGCUAGACUAUCGCUAUGGCAAGCAGUUAUGUGAAGGUAACCCCGGGGGUUGUUGUUACACAUUUGUUAAAGGUAUUCAAUGUGGAGCCUAUUGAUUCUCAGUAAUUAUGCUUCAACAUGAGCACGUGAACAUCGCGUGUCCAUAGCACUUGUCAGGCUCCUUGUUUUCCCAGGCAUUCAAAUAAUUGGAUAAGUGAAAUGGGAAUUGAAAAUUCGUGGACAACUUUUUAGAAUAAUUUUAGCUUUGCGAUGAAAUUUGGUAGCGAGCAGACGAGCUGCACUCAAAGAUCUGAGAGAGUAAAAACCUGCAGGGUAUUUUAAGUUUACUGGUGUUUUACGUGACCCCGUUAUAUUUUGAUAGACGUAUUUUGUUUAUAUAUUUCUAUUUACAAUUUAAUUUUAGAACGUUUCUUUUUUUGAGUCAGUUGUUGUUUGUUAUUGCUAUUAUUGUUGUUGCACAGAUCGGUGUACCUGCGAAUAGAUGCGAUGUGUAUAAACCGUCAAUAAACACCGUCUCUACAAUCGA